AGCAAGUGUUAUUGAUUUAUGUGCUAAUACAUUAUUAAUGUUUUUUAUGCAGUUAAUGUUUGAUGUUGCACAUUCGUUAUAGGAUGUCAAUAAAUCAAACGCCGUCCUCCGGAAAAUCGUUUAAAGUGAAACGUAACUCGAUGGCACGACCGCAAAGUACCAUCGAAGAGGUGUACAGCAGUUUAAGAAGUGAUCUCGAUGAUUCUUUAAAUCCUGCAUAUCGUUUACGGUUACAUAAUUUAUUUAGACAAAUUGAGAAAGAAUUUGAAAUAUUAUACCAAGAAAAUCAAAGCUUGCACGAGAAAGUGGAAUUAUUGAAUGAAAAAGUUGAACGUGAAGGGUAUGAUAAACAGAAUUUCGAUUGUGUCGACUUUGAUAAUAACAUUGCUAAAGUGUUAAGUAAAAAAUUAAGCAACACAUCGACGCAGAAGUUAAAGACGGCAAAUAAACUUAAAGCUCAAACAAGUAAGAUAGUGUCCAGUUUUAAAGCUCCUCAUCUAAAUUGCUCGAUCAUAAGAGAAUAUGUGGGACACAAAGAUGGGAUCUGGGAGGUAUCGGUGGCCCGUCUUGGACAACCAAUUAUUGGAACGGCAUCAGCAGAUCACAGUGCUUGUAUCUGGAGUGUGGAUAGUGGUCGAUGUUUACUCCAAUACCACGGCCAUAAUGGCUCUGUAAACUCGGUACGUUUUCAUCCUAUUAAGGACAUGGUGUUAACAUCUAGUGGAGAUUGCUCCGCCCAUAUUUGGCAAGCCGUAGUUAGUUGGGACCUUCCAAAAGGCCACUCGUCGGAGGAGGAACUGGAAUUAGGGGAGGAAUGUGAAGAUCAACGUGCAGAUGCCAAAGCGGCUACUUUAAGAACGCCAGUGUGCGAACUGGGCGGGCAUACAAACGCAAUAUCUGCGGCAGAAUGGUUAUCAGGGGCGGAUCAGGUUAUAACAGCAGGUUGGGAUCGACUAGCUGUUUUACAUGAUGUCGAAUCAGGUGCCACAAUUACGACUUUGACGGGUCACGAUCUGGAACUCACUCACACAGCUACUCAUCCUACCCAAAGAUUAGCCGUUACUUCAUCGCGGGAUAGCACAUUUCGUUUAUGGGAUUUCAGAGAGAGUGUACAAUCAGUAUCUGUCUUUCAAGGACAUUCUGAGAGUGUCACUUCUGCCGUUUUCACACAUGAAGACAAAGUUGUAUCUGGUUCUGAUGACAGAACCGUUAAAGUGUGGGAUCUGCGUAACAUGCGGUCACCUGUCGCCACUAUUCGAGCAGAUUCUGCCAUCAACCGACUUUCUGUGUCAUCUAAUGGUGUUAUAGCGAUACCUCAUGACAAUAGGCAUAUAAGGCUAUUCGAUUUAAAUGGACAGAGGUUAGCUCGCCUGCCGAGAUCGAGUAGGCAAGGCGGUCAAGGUCAUAAUCGUAUGGUAUCUUGUGUAGCGUGGUCUAACGACCAUCUAAAUCAUGUAAAUUUGUUCACUUGUGGAUUUGAUAGGCGAGUUCUAGGUUGGUCCGUGCAAUCUCUUAAAGAUUUAUAAAAUUCUCAUGUUGUCAUUGUAAAAUAGGUGUAAGUGGAACAUAGUAGAAUUUUAGCUUCCAUUUAGAUUAAUUAUCUGUGUUGUGAUAAAAUUUAUUUGUAGAGAAAUAUAUAUUAUAUUUUUUUUGUCAUUUGCCAUGUGGGCAAUAAAAAGAACAUUGAUUAAUACAUCAGUAAAUGACUACAUAAAGUUUUCAUUGCAAUAAUUGUGUAUUAUACCUACAUCUAACAGUAUCAUAGCAAGAUGACCACUGUUGGGUUAAGUUACACAAUGAAUCCAGUUUUAGUGGAAGGUUGGUCUUAAAAAAUGCGUCAUUCACUUUAAAUGUUGUAAUGUCAUGAAUCGGUCAGUUUGAGUUGAAAAUAUAUUCACACUCUGUACAAGUACAAUAUGAAGUCUAUUGUCUAAGCAGAAACACUCAUAAUAAAAUGAUGAUUGUAUGUAUAAUAAUACAUUGUUACUGUUUUUAACGUAUACCUGCAAUAAAUGAAUUGUUGAAAGUCUA